AUGCCGCCGCGUCUCAACCUUUUCACCGCACGGGCGGUCCCCGUUCUUCGCCAGUCCGCCAACAGCUCGGCUGCUACCCGACGCAGUUUUGCGACCAUCCUCAACACCAACCGGCCUUGCGCGGCCUCGACUGGCCAUGGCUUGAAGUCCGGCCUGUCGGCUUCCAUUCGGACGCAGAGGAGGUGCAACUCCUCGGGCUCUGAUGGGCAGGAUAGACCCAAGGGCCCGACCGAGGACCCUUUGCCCCAUGUUAGCGAAGAGGCCGCGGAGGUCAGCAAGAUCAUGGAUAAGAAGUGCGAUGGUACCCCGGCCAGUCCUGAAUUGGAACAGGGAACGCCUAUUUCUGAGAUCCUGCAACGUGAUAAAGAGGCCCUGAAGCACAUGCCCAAGGUCAUGCAAGACCAGAUGAAGCGCCCCUCCGGUAGCCGUUCAUUCUCGACGUCCGCUCGCCGCCUGCAGCCAGAACUUCAGGGAAAGGAAUUCGAUGAUGCCUCGGCGUCGGUCGUUGCCAACAUGAUCUCCCAGGUCAACCAGCAGGCCACCGAACUCCACCCUGGACUCAAGUUCGAAGCGCCCGAGAACCUUCCCAAGACUGAGAACUUCCGCAAGAGAUACGAGACGAUAGUGGAGCAGUUCACUAAGCUGCUUAUGCAAGAUGGCAAGCUGAGCAAGGCUCAGAACACUAUGGCAUUCAUUUUGGAUCACUUGCGCACUGCUCCUCCCCCGAACAUCAACCCCCGGCGCCGCUUGCUCCCGGGCCCGCCCGCUCCUCAGCUCCCUCUCAAUCCCGUCCUCUAUCUCACCUUGAUUGUCGACUCUGUCGCGCCUUUGCUCAAGCUCCGUCAACAGAAGGGUAUCGUUGGUGGUGGUGUGUCUGUGCAGGUCCCUUCUCCUCUCGCUCUGAGACAGCGCCGGAGAACCGCGAUCAAGUGGAUCAUCGAUGCCUCUGACAAGCGUAAGGAUAGUCUGUUUGGCCAGCGCGUGGCUAACGAGCUGGUUGCUGUUGCUGAGGGCCGCAGUGGAGUGUGGGAGAAGAGGGAGCAGGUGCACAAGCUUGGUGUGGCUGGCCGUUCUAACCUUGGAUUGGUUGCGCGCCGGAGUAUGAGUGAUGCGACUAAUGAAGUCCUCGACUUUGGCCACGAGCCAAUGGCACAGGCGAUGACUAACAGCGCUAGUCGCGGCUGGGACCCUCUCCAAUUCUGGCCAAUUCUGGUCCCCGGAAAGCAGCUUAUCUCGUUAGCGGCACGACUUGAGAACGUGGAACGUCGCCCACACAACACCCUCGCACAAAUACGCUGGACAGUUCUCCGGCCGCUGGGUGCCUCUCCCGACAAUAACGACGUAACCCCAAGCGGCCAGUCCUUCGAACUCGGCCAGUAUCCUGACACACCUGCCACAACUGCCCGCCAGUCUCACGCGACUCUUCCUCCUACCCAGCUGACUGACCCGGGGUCUGAAUUCCCUCCCUACCAUCGUACAGACCACCGGGAAGGUCAUCCUCAGAAGUCUACACGGCGGGACAAACCGGUUAUCAUCAAAUAUUGGAUAGAAGCUCUUCGUCGUCACCCUCACCGCCACCAGACUAGCGGUUCCGCCGACAAGAUGAAGUUCUCACAUAGCAUUCAGUUCAAUGCGGUGCCGGACUGGAGUACUUAUUAUCUGGCUUACAGCAAUCUCAAGAAACUGAUUUACUCCUUAGAACAGGAAGUGCAUCGAUCGGCCGGACAUGACCAUGUAGAUGUUGAACAAGCGCCAUUGUUAGAUGGCGGCAGUGUGAACACUGAUGCGAUAUUUCGUCGGGCUCUGGAUGCAGAGUUGGACAAGAUCUGCUCGUUUUAUCAAUCCAAGGAGGCGGAGAUAUUUACAGAGGUCGAGGACGUCCUCAGAGAUGCCGAGGAAUAUGCGCACAGGGCCGAUACGAUGAAUGUCGAUCCCAUGAGUGAUGCCAUGAUCAAGGGUCGCACAGCCAGUUCAAGCUCCAGACAGCGGCCUGGGAGCAUUGUUCGUCCGGUGCCAUCGAACCAGGAACGGCGUCAUAGCGCAUUCAGUGAAACACUGGCCGAUGAUGACGAUGACGAUGCAGACAGUGACGACGAACCCGCGCAUCAGUAUCGACCGCAGUCGCAUGGCGCCGAGUCUAGCAAUCCGGAUGGUAGUCGUACGGACGACAUGAGGGAUUCUGUGCUCUGGGGUGCCGAUUCUCGGAUUCUGGGCUACAGCGGUCCGUCCACGCACCGCGGGGGUGCACACGACGAGCACUUUUCAGAUCCAAUUGUCGUAGAUCUCUACAAUUCCGGGCUCUCGCUGAAGAAGCGGGCUGUUGCGACUUAUGUUUCCAUCUGUGGACUCAAGUCGUACAUUCAGCUUAACAAGACCGGAUUCUCCAAGGCGCUGAAGAAGUACGAUAAAAUCCUUGACCGCAAUCUGCGACGGGAGUACAUGAAUUCCGUCGUGUCUUUGACGUAUCCCUUCAAAGACUCUACCAUGGAAAAGGUGGAUGACAACAUUCGCAAAGUCGAAGAGGUCUACGCGAAUGUCGUCACCACCGGUAACAUUCCCCUCGCCAAGCGUGAACUCCGCCUGCACCUCAGGGAACAUGUUGUUUGGGAGCGAAACACGGUCUGGAGAGAGAUGAUUGGUAUCGAAAGGAAGGCUCAGGCUGCGAACGUCGGUAUUCGCAGGACGCUUCUGGGCGGAGACGAGGAUCCUUCCAGAGCUCGACGCCAAGGGGACGAGCAGGAAGUGGUGUCCAAGAUGCUCAGGACGCCGUUUGGAGUCAUCCGGAUUCCGCAGUGGCUCUGUAGUUUGAGUCUCGUCACGCUCGUUCUCAUCCUGCUUGUCUUUGGCAUUUUGUUGUCUGUCCCGAUAAUGGAGAAGCCGGAACAGCAGAAUUGUCUGGCCAUGCUUGUUUUUGUCAGCUUGCUGUGGGCUACAGAGGUUAUUCCUCUAUUCGUCACAUCGCUACUCAUUCCUUUCCUCGUCGUGAUGCUCCGUAUCAUGUUGUCCGACAACAAGCCCCACGAACGCUUAGGCGCGAAGGAAGCCACCGCCGCUGCUUUCAGCGCCAUGUGGACGCCAGUCAUCAUGCUGUUGCUAGGAGGCUUCACCAUCGCUGCCGCGCUGUCCAAGUACGAUAUUGCUCGUCGUAUGGCCAUGUUCGUCCUGAGUAAAGCGGGGUCCAAUCCCAACAUCUUACUGCUCACCAACAUGUUUGUGAGCAUGUUUCUGAGUAUGUGGAUCAGCAACGUCGCCUCGCCGGUGCUCUGCUACUCGAUCAUCCAGCCUCUGUUGCGUAAUUUGGCGCCCGAUUCCAGCUUUGCCAAGUCCCUUGUCCUAGGUAUUGCUUUGGCCGCCAACGUGGGCGGUGCCGCGUCGCCAAUCGCAUCGCCUCAAAACAUCAUCGCUUUGCAGAAUAUUUAUCCGAGCAUGAGCUGGGGGACCUGGUUCUUCAUCUCACUGCCAGUGUGCAUUCUCUCCAUUGUCGCGAUCUGGAUGCUUCUGGUGCUUACCUUCAAGCCCGGUCGCGAGACGGCCGUCGCCAUCCGUCCCUUGAAAGACAAGUUCACGGGAGUUCAGUGGUUCAUCAGUAUUGUCACUCUAUCAACCAUUGCGUUGUGGUGUGGCAGUCACCAACUCGAGCAUAUUUUCGGAGAUAUGGGCGUUAUCGCCAUUAUUCCCAUGGUCCUGUUCUUCGGCACGGGUAUCCUUAAUAAAGAGGAUUUCAACAACUUCCUCUGGACGAUCAUCAUUCUGGCCGCCGGUGGGCUCUGCCUCGGAAAGGCCGUCACGUCCUCGGGUCUCCUUCACACCCUUGCGAAUGCCAUCCGCAUGCGGGUGGAGCAUCUGAGUCUUUAUGGUGUGCUGCUUGUGUUCUCCGCCCUCAUCCUGGUCAUUGCCACGUUCAUCUCCCACACCGUGGCCGCCCUGAUCAUGCUCCCGCUUGUGCGACAGAUCGGACUCGGCAUGGAUGACCCGCACCCGAACCUGCUCGUGAUGGCGAGCGCAUUGAUGUGUUCGGUAGCCAUGGCUCUGCCGACCAGUGGCUUCCCUAACAUGACGGCCAUCAUGACCGAGGUACCCCAGACGGGUCAGCGGUAUCUGCAAGUCCGUCAUUUCUUCACCCGCGGUAUCCCCGCCAGCUUGAUGUCCUUUGCCGUGAUUGUAACGGUAGGAUACGGGCUGAUGUACAUUGCUGGACUGUGA